AAAGUGCAUGUUAAAAAAGAAACCAAAGGACAUCCACAUUCUUUUCAACUGGGUAGGUUUGGGGAGGUGUUUGUGACUUGAGUACACCCACAGGGCAGCAGCAGACAGACGUGACACUGAAGGACGAUGAAAAAUUUGAAACUGAGCUGACGGUACCGGAGAGAAGAGAGAUUUUCCUGUGGGUGCUGUUCAGUGAAAAGAAAACAUGUGGAAACUUUUUUUUUUCAUUACUUUUGUUCUCUGUUUCAGUGGUACGCUUCAAAAAAAAGUGGUUCCUGUGCCCAGAACAUUUAAAGGGGUCCCAGAGGACAAUUUCCUAAAUGGGACACAAGCUCCCAUUUCAUCUCAGUCCCCUCCAAGACUGCUGUUACUAAGCAACAGCACAGUAGGGUACCUCCGCAGUCCCCUGACCACUCGGGUCAUCCCCAUUAUUUAUAUGUUGGUCGCUACUGUCGGGAUCCCAGCCAACGUGGCCAUCUUGUGCAUGCUGGCCAAUAAAAUUAGGAAGGUGUCCUCUGCCAUCCUCUACUGCAGCCUGGCUCUCUCCGACCUCCUCCUCCUCCUCUCCCUCUUCUUCAAGGCUCACUACCAUCUCCAUGGAAACAACUGGGUGCUCGGAGAGGCUGCGUGCCGAGUGGUCACAGCCUGUUUCUAUGGCAACCUCUACUGCUCGGCCCAGACGCUGGCCUGCAUCAGCAUCAAGCGCUACCUGGCUGUAGUGCACCCGUUCAUGUACAAAAGUCUCCCCAAGAGGAUGUGCACUGCCAGAGUCAGCGUGGCGGUCUGGGGGGCGUUUGUUGCCGCCGUCCUCCCCGAGCUCAUCGUCCAGCAGAGCUAUUUCCUCUCUGAUUUGGGCAGUAUCAGUUGCCAUGACGUAUUGCCUCUGGACGAGCAAUCCCACAUCUUCCUGCUCUACUACAACCUGUUUCUAACUAUCUUCGGCCUCCUGGUGCCGCUGGUGGUCACGGUUGUGUGCUACAGCCGUAUCGUCUGUGAGCUCAAUCGAUCAAACCUGGACUGGGCGAUGUACAUCAAGGCCAGCUCACUGGUGUUUGUCAUCUUUCUGGUGUGUUUUACUCCUGCUGGAAUCCUGCACUUCCUCCAUUAUGUGCAACUGUUUGCAAAUGGAACCGAGAGUUUGUAUUUGUACUUUAAAGUGGCGGUGUGUUUGUGCUGCCUCCAUGCCUGUCUGGACCCCUUUCUCUUUCUCAUCAUGUCCAAGUCUGCAGGCUCCAGGCUUUACUUCAGGCCCUUUAAAGGCACUAGCCUGAGCAUAACUGUUUAGAAGAGAUUCAGAUUGUACCAAAAAUGGGUUUGAUUUUGCAACUGAAUUAGAGGGAGGUGAUUAGAGGGAGGUUUUCUCUGUGGCUGGAAUCCAAAGAGAAAGCAAAAAGACAUUAAAUGUAAAUAUUUUUUUAUUUGUAUAUACUGUCCGAUGAGAGAGAACGUGUGUCCAAACUUUUGACUGGUACUGUGGCUGUACAGUUUUCUUGUGUGUGUGUCCGUGACAAAUAAAGGAAAUAAAUGACAGUUUGUAAAUAUAUGAAUGUAUAUAUUUAUGUGUUUAAAAUAUGAAAGUAAAGUAAUGUUGAUAUUAAUGUUUUCAUUCUGUAGAGUUUGGAGGAAAAAAAUAACAUGAAAGCCACUGGUGUAUCCCUGUUAUCACAUAUGAUGUCUGCUGAUUAAAACAGAAACUAUUUCGAA